AAGCUGCUCUCGGGAUUUGGGCACGUGGGGGCGGAGUGUGAGAUCGCGGAGCCUCAAAAAGCACAGGCCACAUCCGGGCAUUUGUGGCCGUCGCGCUGAGGCGCGUCUAGCGACCUAGCUGUCUAGGAAUCGUAACCAUGAUGAAGUGCGGGAUGAACGGCAGUCAGUAUUUGGGAAAGCAAUCCAAGCUCUAUCACGAAUUAGUGACGAGCUGUGGCUAGAUCCAUCUGAAAAAGGUCUUUCUUUAAGAUCUGUGAAUUCUUGUCGAUCAGCAUAUGGAUGUAUCCUCUUCUCUCCUUUGUUUUUCCAACAUUAUCAGUGGUCAACCUCAGUGGAUAUGAAUGAUAAUAACACAGCAUUGAACUUAAAUUGCAAAUUGGGAAUGAAGUCACUUCUGCCCAUCUUUAGAUGUCUGAAUUCCCUCGAAAGAAAUGUAGAGAAGUGUAUAAUAUUCACCAGAUCUGAUAAGUGCAAAGUAGUUAUUCAAUUCUUCUGCAGACAUGGUAUUAGAAGAACUCAUAAUGUAUGUUUUCAGGAAAGUCAGCCUUUACAAGUUAUUUUUGAAAAGAGUGUGUGCAGUAAUACACUAAUGAUUCAACCAAGAGUGCUUGCUGAGGCAAUUGUUCAUUUUACAUCAAAUCAAGAGGAAGUCACUCUUGCUGUUACUCCACAGAACGUUUGCCUCAAGAGUUCGAAUGAGGAAUCAAUGGAUUUGACAAAUGCUGUGUACAGUGAGAUGUUUGUUGGCCCAAAUGAGUUUGACUUCUUUCAAAUUGGACUUGACACUGAAAUAACAUUUUGCUUCAAAGAAUUGAAGGGAAUGCUGAUACUUUCAGAAGCUACACAUGCUCCUAUAUCCAUGUAUUUUGAUUUUCCUGGAAAACCUAUGGCUUUGAGUAUUGAUGACAUGUUACUGGAAGCUAACUUUAUUUUGGCUACAUUAGCUGAUGUGCCAAGUAGGACAUCUUCACCACAAUCCCUGUGUCUUUCACAAAAAUUAAAAAGGUCAGAUCUGAAACGGUCAGACUCAAAGGCUGGUAAAAACGUCACCAAGAAGGCCUCAGAGUGUGUCCCAAGAAGUGCAGCACCCAAGAGGCUUUCUCCUAAUGAGACUCACACAGACACCUCUGCUUUGGAAAACGGUGGCAGCUCUAAAAUGAAAAGAGGGGACGGGAACCUCAGUAAAGUACCAAAGAGCAGUGUCAGUGACACGAAGGACGUGCCAGCGUCUCCUCUCAGGAAGUUUUCUUCCAUGUUCUUUGGAGCAGUUUCUUCUGACCAGCAAGAACGCUUCAGCCAUCCUUUUGACAGUCUGGCAACAGCAAGUGACAGUGAAGAGGACACAAGUAAUGGCGGUUUCUUCACAUUCUGACAUUUAAAAGCGGCGGAGUUGGCCCCCAGGCCAUUUAUGGCGGCUCACUUGUGCCUCAAACACGUCUUCACACUUAGUAUAUGAAGAUACUGCCUUGAACUUCCAAGUCAAUCUUUGAAAUGGAGAAUGGGCUUCUGUUCUUGUAAAUGACAUCGUCGUAUACAAUAGCCAUAUCUAGAAAUAGCAGCUUAUCAAAUAUAUAUAAUUUGCUUUAAAUGCAUUAUCCUAUUUGGAAGGCAGUAGUUUUCAGUGCAGGGGAAAAGCCUGUUAGAAUUCUUCACUUCAGUGCAUAUUCACACUGCAGCUUAACAUUUCUUUGCCAGUUUUAUAAAGGCAUUUGAACUUUCUUCAGCAGCCAUUUGGAGACCAUCUGUAUAGCUUGGAAGUUUGGGGAUCAGUUGAGAGGUAUCUUCUGUAUUUGAUUGCUAAUUUGAGUUUUGGUGCUUUCAGGAAUAGUAAAAGUGAUGCAACCUUUCCUCAUGUAAUGCCAUGACUUUUUUUGUGUCUAUUUUUGUUUAUACUUUGUUAAGAUUUUAAGUAAAAUAACUCCUGGAAAAAAAAAGUAAAGAAUAAAAAUAUAU